AUGGCUGUGCUUCGACUCAGUAUCAUGCUCAUACCCUUGCAGCUUUUGCAGCUGCUAUUGUCGCUCCGACUGUCAUAUAAUGACCCAACUACUUCCAAACUCCACACUCGAAAGUCGCCGUUGCGACGGAUCAGAUAUACCAGAAAUGGGUUGGACCGAGGACAAAAAGCCACUCCAUUUGGACCAUCAGGUAAAAGUAACGGUGCAGUCGACUUGUUCAAGAGCACCAGACUUGUUCUCCCACAGCGUCUCGUCAUAUACGCUGACAAAGUCUGGAUACUGGUCAAAGAUCCUGCACCAACCACAGAAUAUCUCUUCAUCAGUUGGCAUUGGGAGUCUUUCAAGUAUGACAGGGCGAGGCCUGCGAAAGAAGCUUUAUCGCUCGUCAAAAAGAUGGCACAACACGCGACUCUUCAAUCCGGUCUUAAAGCAUAUUGGCUGAAUGUGCAGUGUGUUACAGAAGAUCAAAAAGCGGCAGAGUCCUUUUCGAGCGAUGUUUAUGGCAUGGCAGACAUCGUGCGCAACGCCAAUCACGUCGCAAUCCUGCUUCCCAGUGAACAUUCUUUCUACAAGCGAGCGUGGGCUAGAAGAUUAUGGACACUACCAGAAGGCUUACUGGCCAGGGGCAGGUUGCACAUCUGGACAGUCACAGAAACCGGCUUCACUAAACACGAGCUUGACCGCGUCGAGAUGACCUAUGAGUUCUGGCACCCAUUCGCAAACGACGAACGUCAUUAUCCAACUCGAAUCUUGGCCGAGUAUUUCGAUGGACAGACCAAACUUACUCGGCUUGAGAUGGUGGUUACCGCAAUUGCUGCUCUGAGCAGACAAGACUCGUCUAAAUUCACCGAUGCCGAUAUCGCAUAUGCUCUGAUGGGCUUACUCAGGAAACCCAAGACGAUAGAAAGAAGCGACACGCUACACCAAGCCAUGACAAAACUACUUUCACUGACCAGUGAGAAUGAAUAUGUGAUGGAACGUAUGCUGUCGAGCUAUCCAUACCCUGCCAAGGAUUUUAAGGCUUUGCUCAAGGGGAUUUUGAACAAAGAUCAGUUUGACACUUGUUUAUGGGAUCUCAGACCAGCUUGCGAGAUCGUCGGUAUUGAUGACAUUGAUAAUGUUGUGUACCUGAACAACUGUCGUACACUGCCGAUAUGUCAUCAAAAGAUACCCGAACGGACCGACGAACGGUAUGGCACCCUCGAACCUUUACGGGCCGCAGCCGUCUUGCUGCUGUGUCUCUUCACAUAUGGCGUCUUGAGGGUUCUCACUCCAGGGUCUCACACAGCAUGCGCGAUACUGCUUUGCACAUCGCUCUUAUGCUUGCAAAGUGAACAAACUGUGGACUCUUCUGCAGAAGAACAUGACUUUGUGCUUCUGGAAGGUGUACUACCAUUAUCACAGCUGGGACAGGCAGUCUUCAAUACUUCGAGAAACACCCUGACCUACGCCCCAUCGUCUUCGCCUCUAAAUUUUGGACACCACGACACCGAUCCAACAUGGCUCAAACCCGCGAAUAUUCAAAGAUGGACAGAGGAAUUGUACACUGCCCGUAACUCUGGCAACGAAGCUGUUUGGAUCCGAACUGCAGGCCCAGGACCUACCCCUACCUCUUCUGUAUCCCCAAUCUCACCGCUCUUGCGGCAAACCUCAGUGUCGCUGCAGCAGUCACAACCGGAAGCAUAUCAUCCACCGCUGCUUGCAGGAUAUACAAUGUUUACCCUGAUACAAGUGUCGACUGGAAAAGUCUCGCUCUUCCAGGCGCGACUGCCGCCAACGACUUUGUUGAUGGCUGGGGAGGAAGGUGGCAUGGUACGUGCUGUCCUAUGUAGUUCUGUGUUUGACAGUGAUGGAGAAGAGGUGCUGCAAAAGGAGGCAGUGCUAAGGCUAGACCCAGACAUUUGGAACCGUGGACAUUCGCAUUCGUGGCUAAGGGUGAAGAUGCUGUGA